AGUCAGUCUGCAUCACUCGACUGUUGAUAACUUUUACAAGUUCACUCUACUUCUCAUCAAACUAUUUCAAAAUGACUGGUCGUGGCAAGGGAGGAAAGGGACUCGGUAAAGGAGGCGCCAAGAGACAUCGUAAAGUCUUGCGUGAUAACAUCCAAGGAAUCACCAAGCCUGCCAUCCGUCGUCUUGCUCGUCGUGGGGGUGUCAAGCGUAUCUCUGGCCUUAUCUACGAAGAGACCCGUGGAGUCCUCAAGGUCUUCCUUGAAAAUGUCAUCCGAGAUGCUGUCACCUACACCGAGCACGCCAAGAGGAAGACGGUCACCGCCAUGGACGUCGUCUAUGCCCUCAAGCGACAAGGCCGCACCCUCUACGGAUUCGGCGGUUAAAUAUCUCGUCCUCCUUGUUGUUGUUGUUAAUCCUUUAUUCACGUGUCAACAGAGAUCAAUUCAUUACAAAUUGGUUUACACACCAUGACACAAGUAGCAUAUAUUUUUUAUAAGCAUCUAAAACUAAUUAAGUAGGGCAACUAAAUAAUUCAUGAAAAUCAUAUAUAUAUCAUUCAUUUGUCCUUUGAUUAAUUAUAAAGUCGCGACAUAAAAUAUCCUCCUCCUCCCAUCUUACCUGAUCUCGCAAAACCCAACGGCCCUUUUAAGGGCCACCA